AUGUCGACAGUUGGACAGGUCAUUAAAUGUAAAGCUGCCGUUGCUUGGGGACCCACGCAACCGCUUUCCAUUGAGGAAGUUGAAGUUGCUCCGCCAAAGAAAGGAGAAGUACGAGUGAAAUUAUUUGCUACUGCAGUUUGUCAUACAGAUUUGUAUACCUUAUCCGGAAAAGAUCCCGAAGGUGUGUACUGGCCAAUAAUCCUAGGCCAUGAGGGCGGUGGUAUAGUAGAAUCAGUCGGAGAAGGCGUCACUUCAGUACAACCCGGGGAUCACGUCAUCCCAUUGUAUAUUCCUGAGUGUCGUGAAUGUAAGUUUUGUAAGAGUGGAAAAACGAAUUUGUGCGGUCUUGUGAGAUCAACGCAAGGUCGUGGGAUUAUGCCAGAUGAAACCACAAGGUUCACCGUCAAAGUUGUACUCGAAAUAUCACUCGCCAAAAUUAAUCCCGAUGCACCGCUCGAUAAGGUUUGCUUGUUAGGCUGUGGCAUUACCACUGGAUACGGUGCUGCAACAAAGACCGCAGAUCUUCAGCCUGGCGCAACAGUUGCUGUCUUUGGUUUAGUUCAAGGUGCCGCAGUACGUAAAGCAAGUAAAAUUAUUGCUAUUGACAAGAAUCCAAGGAAAUUCGAAUAUGUGAAGAAAUUAGCACCGAAUGUUGAGCUGACAUUUUUGAAUCCCGACGAUUAUGAUAAACCCAUUCAACAGGUAAUUGUUGAACUGACCGAUGGAGGAGUUGACGCGUCUUUUGAAUGUGUUGGCAACGUUGGACUAAUGCGAGCUGCGUUAGAGAGUUGUCAUAAAGGAUGGGGUCAAUCAGUUAUUAUUGGAGUUGCAGGUGCAGGAGAGGAGAUCUGUACUCGCCCGUUUCAACUUGUAACAGGACGAGUAUGGAAAGGCUCUGCAUUCGGCGGUAUCAAAGGACGAACAGAAUUACCAAAUCUCGUUCAAGACUACCUUUCAAGGAAACUUGAGGUAGACUCCUACAUCACUCAUACUUUCGGGAUCAAUGACAUCAAUAAGGCGUUUGAAGUGAUGCACUCUGGCGACUGGCGAGGACUUGGUUAA